UCUGCUAUUUAGCAGAAGGGAGUUACAAACAAAAUUUCCCUCUGCAACAUGUUGUAAUGUGACAAAUAAGUCUUCCUUGUAUUAGUAUCGGCCCGCGCGCGCCCUUUGUCGAAGCCCGCGAUGAGCUCCUGAGUUGAAGUCUGUCAUCAGCAAAUAUGAACUGUGUACUUGAAGGAAACUGUGUCAAAGCAUUUGGUAAGGCUGUUCAUGCCCUGUCACGGAUUGGAGAUGAACUGUGGUUGGAUCCCAUGUCCAAAGGGCUGGCGCUGAGAUCAGUGAAUUCUGCUCAUUCUGCAUAUGCUUGCUUCCUCUUCUCACCGCUGUUCUUCCAGCACUACAGCUUGGGAUCAGUUUCAGGGCAGGGCAGUGAAACAGUCAAAUGCAAGCUGGUCAUGAAGUCUGUUCUACUUCUUUUCCGGUGUUUGACUUCCAUUGAGCGUAAUGUGGAGCGUUGUCAGAUAUCGAUCAGCACUUCCAGUGACCGGGUGAUGAUCCAGUUUUUCUGCAGGCAUGGCAUCACUAAAACCCACAACCUACGGUUCCAGGAAAGUGAGGCUCUGCAGGCGGUGUUUGCCUCACACCUCUGUCCCAAUGUGCUGAAAGCUCCUGCCAGGCUUCUUGGUGAUAUGGUGAUGCAUUUCCCAGUGUCCCAGGAGGAGAUCACUCUGUCCAUGACUCCUCUGAGAGUCAGCCUGAGAAAUUACUACGAGGGGGGAAACGGUCACAUGAAGAUGAUGUGCACUGAGAUGUCCUUACACCCAGACGAGUUUGACUACUUUCAGAUUGGAGUGGACUCGGACAUAACCUUCUGUCUGAAGGAGUUGAGGGGUUUACUGUCCUUUGCAGAGUCCCAUUGCCUUCCAGUGUCGGUCCACUUUGGCGUUGCAGGAAAGCCUGUGUGCUUCUCUGUGGAGGACAUGAUCCUGGAGGCCACUGUGGUGCUAGCUACUCUCAUCGACUCUGAAAGCAGGGACCCCUCUCAGCCUACAGAGACUCUGGCCCCUGCUACCUCCAGGUGUGCAGGUGCCGCUGUUCUACCUGUCGGCUCAGGUGAGGCAGACGGCAGGGAGCCUCAGGAAAUUCCUGAUAUGACAGAGCUGAUAGCAUCCAGCCAGGGCAGCCCCAUUAUCAACCCACCGUUUGUGAUGCAGCUUCUGCCUCAGACUGACGACCCUAAUGGACUCGGUGCACCUGAUGAGGCCUGUCCCAGUGCCACCUCGACUCCGGCUUCCUCCACGUGUUGACAGGGCAGGUGACACUGAGAAGUACCAAAGUGCAUCAAGUGUUUUACUUUGACCUCCACUGGAAGUAGGCCCAGAGUGCCAUAAUGCCUCACCAUAUGAGGUGCGACUGAAGACAAGUAAGGUGACAUUGGACGUGAGAGAGCCUGUGUUCUAUGUCAGUGUGACGAAUCUAACCUUUCUGUUGAAAUCACACUCAAACCCAAUACUCUGACCUUUUGUCUUCAGACCUUUCUGUCUGGCACCUGGUAUUGUUCCUCUGUGUUGACCUGAUUCAGCACUCGAAUUUCUUUUAUUGCAUUGAAGAUUUCAUUUAAUACACAUUUCCUUUUUUCCUCCCUUCAGCAAAAAAAAACAAAGUGAUAGGAAAAUCAAAAUAAAAGCCAGCUCAUUUCUGAAGCUCUAAAAUGUUUUAAUAACACUGCA